AUGCCAGUCCCUACAAGCGUAGAAGACGAGGGUAUUGACUACUCGGAUAUCGAGAAAAAAUACCAAGUAAAACUCGAGGAGGGCUUCGACAACAUCCUCGUCGUUGACGGUGUUCCCGUCAUCGACCAAAGCAAGCUCGAGAGGCUGGUUGCGAAGAUCGCGAAGGAGUUCACUCGCAAGGGCGCCGCGAUCAAGCCUGAGAAUAUCUCCGUGCCCUGGAACGAGAAAACCAACAAGAGCGAUGGCUACGUUUUCAUUGAGUUCCAUAACGCCGAUGACGCGACAUUCGCUUUGAACGCUAUGAACGGCCAUCCCUUCGACGCCAAGCACACCUUCCAGAUCAACCGCUUCACUGAUAUCGAGCGCUACGCCGACCUCGACGAGACAUACGUGGAGCCGGAGCGCGAGGAGUACCAUACAAAGGAGCACCUUCGCGCUUGGCUCGCAGACCCCGCUGGGCGCGACCAGUUCGUUACCUACCGCGCUGACGAAGUCUCCAUCAACUGGCACGGAAAGCCUUCACAAUGCGAGGUCGCCUUUUCUAAUCCCCAAUCACUUCGCACGGAGCUGUACGUUUCAUGGUCACCGCUUGGGACGUAUCUUGCCACGGUGCACCGGCAGGGUAUUCGGCUAUGGGGCGGCCCGUCCUUCGAGCAUCAGGGUCGCUUUUUCCAUCCUAUGGUCCGCUUGAUCGACUUCUCGCCCAACGAACAAUAUAUUGUCACUUGGUCAAACGAGCCCAUCGUCGUGACGGAGUCCUCGCCGCAAGGCCCCACAAACUUCUCCGUCGAGGACGAGGGCAACAACACGGCUGUUUGGGAUGUUAAGACUGGCCACCUCCUUCGCACAUUCCUUGUUACUCCUCCGGAGGGUGCCGAGGGCAAAAAGCAGAUGGCCUGGCCUGCGUUGAAGUGGAGUCCGGACGACAAAUACGUUGGACGUGUGACGCCCGGCUCGCAGAUCAGUAUCUAUGAAUUGCCAGGGAUGGGUUUGCAGGGGAAGAAGAGCAUGAAGAUCGAGGGUGUCGUUGAUUUCGAAUGGUGCCCUCUUGGCGAGAAGGAUCGCGAGGAGGCUGAGAAAGCAUCCUCUGGAGGCAAGGGCGCGAAGAAGGUCCGCGAGAAUAUGCUUGCGUACUGGACCCCGGAGGUGGCGAAUCAGCCCGCGCGUGUAACCCUUGUCAAUUUCCCAAGCCGAGCCAUCCUUCGCCAAAAGAACCUUUUCAACGUGUCCGAGUGUAAACUGUAUUGGCAAAAUCAAGGAGACUUCCUUUGCGUCAGGGUCGACCGCCAUACCAAGACGAAGAAGUCCAUUUUCUGCAACCUCGAGAUCUUCCGCGUGCGUGAAAAGGACUUCCCCGUCGAGGUCGUCGAACUAAAGGACACGGUAACUGACUUUUCCUGGGAGCCCAAGGGCGAGCGCUUUGCCAUCGUGUCCAGUAGCGAUCCGAACCUGGGUAAUCCUGGCCAGGGCGUCACGAUCAAGACGGACGUUAGCUUUUACAUGCUCGAUCGUGCGAAGAACGACUUCAAAUUGCUGAAGACGCUCGCCGGUCGCACGACCAACACUAUCCGCUGGUCUCCGCGCGGCCGCCACGUAGUUCUCGCCACGGUCGGUUCCAUGGCCAAGUCGGAGCUCGAGUUUUGGGAUCUCGAUUUCAACUCGGAUGACCGCAGGGAGGGUCAGAAGGAUAUUGACUGGAGCGCGAACAUCCAGCACCUCGCCACCGCCGACCACUACGGCGUGACGGAUGUGGAGUGGGAUCCGUCUGGUCGCUACCUCGCCACCGCAGCGAGCUCGUGGACCCAUCGCGUCGAGAACGGCUACGCUAUUUGGGACUUCCGUGGACAAGAGAUCCAAAAGAACCUCCUCGACCACUUCAAACAGUUCCUCUGGCGGCCGCGGCCUCCUUCCCUGCUCACCAAGGAGCAGAAGAAGCAGAUCCGUAAGAACUUACGCGACUACAGUCGUGCGUUCGAGGAGGAGGAUGCCGCGGAAGAGAGCAAUGUCAGCGCGGAGCUCAUUGCUCUUCGGAAACGUUUGGUCGAGGAGUGGAACGCAUGGCGCCUGCGCUGCGUGGAGGAUGCACGGGCGGUUGGCGCCCCGGCUAAGGCCACCGCGGGUGUGGAGGAGGUACCCGAGGCAGAGCGUGAGGUCGUUGAUAUCUGGACUGAGGAGGUGAUUGAGCAGAUUGAGGAGGUCGUGGAAGAUUGA